AAGCACUUGUCCUAUAUGCAGGCAUACCUGUCCAUCUUGUAUUUGCGGCUUCCAGAAAGUUUCAAAAUAAUAUUGCGUGGACAAGUUGUUGGACAUCAUAAUGUUGCUGAUGAUCUCAAGUUCCCGGAGUUCAUCUUAUACAAACCUCAAACCGGUGGAUGUAUAGAGGGUGCAGUGGUAACAACAAUUGGAUUUCUGAAAGAAGCUCCACAAAUUAAUGUCCAUGGUUUCUGCGUGUAUCAUAAGAACCGUUUAAUACUGCCAUUUUGGCAAGUUGUUAGCUAUUCCGACAGUAGGGGCAGAGGAGUGGUUGGUGUUCUAGAAGCGAACUUUGUUAAGCCAACUCAUAACAAACAAGAUUUUGAGAGGACUUCCCUUUUUCAGAAGGUUGAAGUUCGCUUAAAGGAAAUGACAUGGGAAUACUGGGAUUAUCAUUGUGGACUCAUUGGUUAUCAGGUGAAAAAGAAGCUUCGGCCAUCGGUAACUCGACAGAUUUCAUUGCAUUCUGUAUCACAGAGCAGUAUGCAGCAACGGACUUCUUCUGCCAUUGUCGGUACAAAAGUGACCACUGCAGCUUUGGCCUUCCAGCAUCAAGCAAUUAAUUCCUCACGCAAGUUGGUAGGGGGCAAAGAAUCAGCACCUGGCCCUAAAAAGAGAACUGAAGAAGGGUUACAGACAAAAAGAAGAGAACACAUUAAUUUGCCAGAAUCAGGAAAGCAGGAAGGUCAAGCUGAGAAAGGAGCAAAUGUUGUUUAUCCUGGACAGAAUUUGGGAAUGCAGCCUAUCAAUGCCACUGCAAAUCAGUUGAAAGAUCAAGAGGCUGUUAACUUGAUGCAAGAAAAUAAGAAGCUCAGGGCCAAAUGCUUGGAAUAUGAGAAGAGCCGCGAAGCACUUCACCUUAAGGUCGAACAGCUCAAAAGUGAAAUUAGAGACUCACAGCAAGAGUAUGAUCGUUUAAUGACCGAACUACAAUUCUUAGACACAAUCAAAGAGGAAAAAAAUGUAAAUAUGUAACUUUUUGCUUCAUUUUCCCAUUCAUUCUUAGUAUUGUUUUUCUAUGCUUUUAUGCAAAAUAAUGGAAUCCAUAUCAUCUGUGAACAGUCACCCUCUAAUAGAGGGAUUUUUGUAAUGCACAGAAAGGAUAAUUGUCACUUACA